UGUUGGACUGAUAUAUUAUUACCUGAGUGUUCAUUUGUGGUUGCAGUCUUGUAAUUACCUGGAAACCAAAUAGUCAGGACUUAAAUUGACUUGCUGGAAAUAAAACUUUAAACUGUCUAUGCGAAGGUCUUAGAAUGUGAGUCAAUCAGUGGCAAUAUGCUUAAACAAGCGAAAUGGGUGAUGUUCAUCCUUUGGUUGGUACUUAGAGGCUAGAGCCUGGGUUCAUGCAUGACACAAUUGAUGUUCUGAGUUGACUUACUGAAUUUGCUAUGGUGAGUUGUUUUGCUGCUGAGGUUGUAAAAUUUAGGCUCUGUUUGGAACUUGUGGAAAGAAGUGCAAAAGAAGAGAACAUUUUAAAAGUUCUCCUCCCCCUGUUUGGUUCUUAAAAAGCGAAGGAAAAUUUUCAAAUUCCAAUUCAACUAUUCUCUCAAUUCCUCUUCAAUUUUCCUUCUUAUUUCCUUAGUUACUUUCUCUUCUUUUCCCUCUCUUUCCCCAAUUUCCAAACAGAGCCGAAAUGGCUUUUGGCAUAUUAUGUGCUGCCAAACGACAUAAAUUAUUAAAAUUCAUCUAAACAAACGGAGCAUAAGUGUUGUUAUUAUUGAAAGAGAAGUUUGUAUCCCUUCAAUAGUUUUCAGAUCUUUCUUGAUGGAUAUGGGUUAACAUAUUGACCUUUAUCAGGAGGACAUUAGUUUUAAGAAACCUUGAUAGCCUAACUUACUAAUAUACAUGUUGGCAAUCCUUAUGAAAUUUGGUUGGGUAAAAGCGGCAUUUUGGUAAUGUUGUAUUCUGUACUCUUGGGGGUUUGUCUGGCCUAUGGAAGGCUUAGCAGACGGAGCCUAGUUUCUAAUGUAUGAUAAUAGUAUAUAAUUCUUUGCAAUAGAUUUUCGAGUUUGCAGGAAGAACAUCUAGUUUGCUACAGUUGCAUCUCCCGGUGCCAAGUAAGAUUAUCUUUUCCUCACUAUAGUGUUUUAUAUUUGAUUCCCACUGGUUUCUACAUUAAUUUCAAAUUGUUAUGCACCUUUUCACACUGUUACUGCUAAUACAAGUGUAUGUGAGUUAAUUGUGGAUCUCCAUUUUAUUUGCAGAAACAGAUGAGGGAGCCAAACCAGAUGAUGCAGGAGGCUAUCAUUAUGUUGCGUUUUCCUAUGGAAACACUGAGGAUUCAGCUGAUCAGAAGAACUCGGAUGAUGGACAGGGGAAUUCGGGUUUUUGUCCGCCCUUCCCUGUUCCCGAAAGUUUACUUCAAAGCCUAGUAAGUAAAUGCUUCUCGAUUUUCUUUACCUUGUCCGUCGUGCUGGCACCUCACCUCUAUAGUGUAGUUGAUUUGUUAAGUAUACUUACUCCAUGUGGCGAAAUGAUGAUUGUCUAAAGGUGCGUGUGUUAUUCUAAGGCUCACCAUGUCUAAGUUUUCAGAUGCUCGGAGCAGGGUGGAGUUCUUGUGACCUAAAGGUUGCCAUUCAUGGGCACCUUGUUUCCUUUUGAUGUCAUGAUCAAGGGCUGUGCAGGUGGGAUUAGGAAUUGUAGAAUUUUGCUUACUUUAACCUGCAAAACCUUAACUGCUUGAGAGCAAUGGGAUGAAACAUACUGUUGUAAGGUUUUGUUGCUUGAUCAUUUAUCGUGUCCAGAUAUAUGUCAGAUUCAUUGGGUUUAUCUUGAUAUUAUCUAGUAAGAAUUCUGUUUCGUAUUAUUUUUCUGUUACUUUUGCUGUCCUAUGAAAUUUCCCCCUUUAAAAGAGAAGCCUUCUUUUUUUGUUUGGUUGUUUGUUCAGCCUCCAACAGAGAAGGUACAUCAGAUAAUUGCAAGGACUGCAGUGUUUGUCAGCAAACAUGGUGGGCAGUCAGAGAUUGUUCUGAGGGUGAAACAGGGAGACAACCCCACAUUUGGCUUCUUGAUGCCUGAUCAUUAUCUUCAUGCCUACUUUAGGUUUCUUGUUGAUCACCAGGAUCUUGUGCAGUCUAGUACUGAUGGAAAAGCUGAAACUGAGAAGAAAGGUAAUACAGAGAGCAAUCAGACAGAUGGUGUUGUGGCUGGGGCUCUCUCUUUGCUGGGUUCUGUUUAUGGGUCAGGUGAGGAUGAGGAUGGAGCAGAUAAGGAUGGCAAAGUCGCCCCAGAAUCUGAAGAAAUUUUGUCUGGGAAAACCUUUGAUGCUAGCGAUGGAACAGUUUCUGUUGGUUUUGCGAAAACUGAUAUCUCUAGAAAUAUAGAUGGAAAAAAUGAGGCUUUUGGCAAGCAUUCAAUUGUUUCCAAAGAAAAGUUUCAAAUACCAAAAAGGAAUUCUUUCACUUGUGCACCCAAGUCUGGAACUACAAACAGCACGAAAAAAGGUGAAACUUCCGGUUUACUUUCGACUGCUGUGGAUAUUUCACAGCAUUCUGCUGUUUCUAACGUGUCUCAGACUGAACAAUUGAUUUUGGAGCCACCUUCUGAAUUGAAAAAAUUGGUUGAUAAGAUUGUUGAAUUUAUUGUGAGAAACGGGAAGCAGUUUGAGGCAGUACUCCUUGAGCAAGACAGCAAACAUGGGAGAUUUCCAUUCCUUCUGCCAUCUAACCAGUACCACCCUUACUAUGUUAAAGUGCUCCAAAAAGCUCAAGAGUUGAAGUUGAUUGGCAAGAGCUUCAUUUCUGAGAAGGAUGAUUCAGUCAUGAAUGGGCUGGACAAGAAAACUCGGUUAUCCAAGGGAAGUGAUUCUUUGUCCUCAGGAUCUGCUGGUUAUGACAUUCCAUAUGAUGCUGAUAGGAAAGAAAAGUUUAGAAUGGUAAUUGGAAAGUCCAAGAAGGAUGGGCAGGAUCCACCUUCCCAAACAACCCAGCCUCAGUUUGGAGUUAAUGUAGAUGCAGCAGCAGCAGCAGCUAUCCUUCAGGCUGCAUCACGUGGCAUUAAGAACCCUAAUUUCGGAUUCUUUUCAAACUCCACAUCAUUAAAUGGGGACAGUCAUGGUCGAAAUAGUGAAGGUGAGAUCCGAAAGUCAGGUGAUAAUACUGCACCUGGCUCAGUUGCCAAGGAUAUUGCAAAGACUGCAGCUCUUGAAGCGGCAAAUGAGGCAGACUCCUCGGAAGCACACUUGACUAAAGAGCAGAGGUUGAAGACCGAGAGGCUAAAACGGGCAAAAAAGUUUGUAGCCAUGUUGAAAAGUGGAGCUGCACCUGGGAAAACUGAACCAUUGCGUGGCUUAUCAGUAGAACCGCAAGAAACUGGGGUAUCUACCUCUGGUAAUUUGGGUUUUAAUCUUGCUGGUAAAGAAAAAGAAGGCAUUUCUGUUCCUGUUGAUGCUAAUAAUUCAGCUAAAAAGGAGAAAUUUGAGAAGUAUUCUGACGAGUACCAGGAAAGGAGAUCAAAGAGGAAAUACCGGUCAAAGUCUGCGCUAGACAAAGGAGGACGACAAGAAGAUGAUGAAGACGACGACAGUGAAGAUGAAGUAGAAGAAAAAGAAAAGGAUCGCAAGAAAUCAAGGAAUAAGCACCGGUCUCGUCGAUCUUCACGUGAAGAAGGCGAAGAAGAAGAAGAUAAAGAGGAAAGGGAUUACAGGUACGCUAGGAGAAAGCACCGGUCUCAUCACUCUUCACGGCAAGAAGAUGAUGAAGAUGAAAGGGAUCACAAGGACUCUAGGAAAAAACACCGGUCUUAUCAUUCAUCAGAAGAUGACAAUAAGGAAGAAGAUUAUGAAGACGAAAGGGUUCACAAGCACUCAAGGAAAAAGCACCGGUCGCAUCGCUCAUCAGACGAUGAUGAAGAAGAUUAUGAAGAGGAAAGGAAUCGAAAGCAUUCAAGGAAGAAGAAGCACAAAUCUCAUAGUUCUUCAAGACACCAUAGAGACAGGCAUAAGCACAAGGAGGGUCAUCGUUCUUCUUCCAAGAACAAGCAUGAGAGCUCCUCUGAUGAGGAGCAUCUUCAUCGUGACAGUUCUAAUAAGCAUCGAAAGAUAUCUCAUUCAGAAGAAGAGCUGGAGGAAGGAGAGAUCAGUUCAAAAAUGUCGGACAAAUCGAGAGGAAGUGUGGCUGCUGGUGUUAGUAGGGAAGCUUCUCUGGAUGUAUCAAGUUCCUAUCGAGAUGGUAGAGCUCCUUCUCAGCCCUCGGAAGCUACUGAGGUCUCUGAUGAACUCAGAGCCAAGAUCCGGGCUAUGUUGAUGGCAAACUUGUAAGCGGUAAGUUAAAUUCAUUGUAAUGGAAGCCUAAAAUUUGAUUAUUUUUUUCUUUUAUAUUAGCUUUCAAUGAAUGUUUUCAUAAUGUUGACCUCAACAAGCUGUUAGUUGUCCCAUUUCAAAUGUUAGCUUGUCUGUCAGUUACUACUAC